CACACGUGUGUUCGGUUUCAGAUUGUUUAUUUUCAUUGAUAACAACAUCUUCGGUUAACGUACAGUUUCUGUGCUCAUUUUUAUUCCACAAAAUAUAUUACAGUAUAAAAUGGAUGAUACUGUAUGUCACAUAAAGCCGGAAUAUCUGAUCCCGCGUCUGCCUGUGUCAACCAGUGAAGAGAAAUCAACUGACCAGAUUUCAACGUCACCCGAUGAUGGCAAACGUUUACCGGAACAGGACGAAGAAGAACCGGCCGCCAAGAAAGGUCGUUUUGAGAAUGGUAAAAAAGUAAAAAAUAGGGGCCAGAAUAAGAGCCGACAGCUACCAUUCAAAGAGGCAGACUGUCUGCGACUUUGCAAAACACUACUGGAUGGCAAAGUCAACGAAGGGAAAUGUUCCAACCCAAGAUGCCGCUUUUCUCAUGAUCUGGAGAAAUUCCUUCAAGUGAAACCGAAGGACAUCGGGGAAACGUGUUACAUUUACUCAACCAAAGGUUACUGUAACUUCGGAGUGACAUGUAGAUUUGGAGGUGCUCAUUUGGAUGAGAAUUCGGGAAACAAGAUUGAUGAAGGAGUUCAACGAGAUAAUACGAACGUCGUUAGCUUAUGUUUGAGUUUUGAUGUUCAAAAUGCACUGAAGAAGAAAAGUUAUGAUUUCUCCAAAUCUAAUUCAAUUGUCUCGAAAUUCGAGAAAAUGUGCAGAGAAACUGGAACAAAAACUGAAGAUGCAAGUGAAUCGAAACCGGUUGGGGCCUGUUCUGACGAAGACAUUAUCAAAUUACGUAGUGCCGAACGAAAGAAAAUCAAUUUUAAAGAUAAACUUUAUCUAAGUCCAUUAACGACUGUUGGAAAUCUACCGUUCAGAAGAAUAUGUAAGGAGUAUGGCGUUGAUAUAACUUGUGGUGAAAUGGCAUGCUCGGUACCAAUUAUCACUGGUAUGAUGCAAGAAUGGGCUUUGACAAAGCGCCAUUCGUCUGAGGAUUUGUUUGGAGUUCAAAUAUGUGGCCACAACACUAAAUUAGUGACAUAUGCCUGCCAAAUCAUCGCAGAACGUGCGGAUAUUGAUUUCGUUGACAUAAAUCUUGGUUGUCCCAUAGAUUUAAUUUUUAAUCAGGGCGGUGGAAGUGCAUUGCUUCGACGCCAUAACGUGCUAGAAGUUAUGAUCCAAAGUUGUACCCGAAUUCUGGCGGAUUUCGGUAAAGAAUUUACCGUCAAAACAAGAGUGGGUAUCCACAACAACAAAAAUGUCGCUCACAAUCUUAUCCCGAAAUUUGAAGAUUGGGGUGCUAGUCUAGUCACUGUCCACGGAAGAACCAAAGAACAACGGUAUACGAAGCUAGCCGACUGGAAUUACAUUCAAAACUGUGCUCUACAGGCAAACAUAAUGCCAGUGUUUGGCAAUGGAGAUAUCUUGAGCUACCAAGACUAUUGCGAUGCACGAAAUUCAGCACCAAAUGUAUCGGGCGUUAUGAUAGGUAGAGGUGCUCUGUUCAAACCGUGGCUGUUCCAAGAAAUUAAGGAACAGAAGACACUCGACCCUUCCAGUUCCGAACGAAUGGAAAUGUUGAAACGUUAUGUCAAUUAUGGACUCGAGCAUUGGGGUAGCGACACCAAAGGUGUAGAGAGCACUAGGAGAUUUCUUCUCGAGUGGCAAUCGUUCCUCUACCGUUAUGUACCUUAUGGUCUAUUAGAAAGACCACCGCAGAAAAUCAAUCAAAGGCCAGAAGCUUUUCGUGGACGAGACGAUUUGGAAACUCUGAUGGCGUCUCCCAACUGCGCUGAUUGGGUUAAGUUGAGUGAAAUGCUAUUGGGCCCGGUUCCAGAGGGAUUCAAGUUUGUCCCAAAACAUAAAGCCAAUUCAUUUUAAAUGACAGAUAUACACCGAACAGUGUGAAUAGCUGUAUUUGUUGAAUUUAUAAUAAAACUAUACCAAUAUAAGUAUAGACUUAAAAA